AUGCUGGCCAAGUCGCUCUCUCGGUCCGCCCCGGCUCGUCGCUCCCUUGGGUCCAUCAGGUGCAUGACCGAAGGUCGCAACGUCUUCAACUGGCGUGAUCCAUUGCUACUGCAAGACCAGCUGACGGAUGAGGAGGCCAUGAUCCAGAAAUCAGCCAUGGACUAUUGCCAAGGGAAACUGCUGCCACGGAUUGUCGAGGCGAAUCGGAAGGGCGAGUUUGAUCGCUCGAUUAUGAAAGAAAUGGGCGAGAUGGGGUUCUUGGGGCCCACGAUCCACGGAUACGGCUGUGCGGGCGUUGGCUACGUUUCGUACGGCCUCAUUGCCAACGCUGUGGAGCGUGUGGACAGUGCCUAUCGAUCGGCUAUGAGUGUACAGUCGUCUUUGGUGAUGCAUCCGAUCAACACUUUUGGAUCGGAGGAGCAGAAGGACAAGUACUUGCCACGUCUCGCCAAGGGCGAAAUCAUUGGCUGCUUCGGCUUGACUGAGCCAAACCACGGAUCCGAUCCGAGCUCGAUGGAAACACGUGCCAGACUCAAGGGGGACAAAUACGUGCUCAACGGCUCCAAGAACUGGAUUACUAACUCUCCGAUUGCCGACGUCUUCCUUGUAUGGGCCAAGGACGAUGAAGGUGAUAUUCGUGGGUUCAUCCUAGAAAAGGACUUCCCCGGCCUGUCGGCUCCGUACAUCGAAGGCAAAGCAACGUUGAUGGCAUCUGCUACUGGCAUGAUUUUUAUGGAGGAUGUUGAGGUGCCCAAAGAAAACAUGCUGCCGAAAGUGAAGGGCCUCAAGGGUCCUUUCACCUGUCUCAACAGCGCUCGCUACGGAAUCGCCUGGGGUGCGCUUGGUGCAGCAUACUCGUGCAUGGACAUUGCACGCCAGUACACCCUUGACCGCUCUCAGUUCGGUGCACCACUUGCUGCCAACCAGCUGAUCCAGAAAAAGCUGGCGGAUAUGAGCACGGAAAUCGCGCUCGGGCUGCAAGGAUGUCUGCAAGUCGGUCGUCUGCUCGACGAAGGUGAUGCUCCAGUGGAAUUGAUCUCGAUGGUCAAGCGCAACUCUUGCGGCAAGGCCCUCGAGAUCGUACGCAAUGCCCGAGACAUGCUCGGCGGCAAUGGCGUUUCGGACGAGUACCAUAUCAUUCGCCACGUCGUGAAUUUGGAGGCCGUGAACACGUACGAAGGCACGCACGACGUGCACGCUUUGAUCCUCGGUCGUGCAAUCACGGGUCUACCUGCUUUUGUCCCUCGCAUGGCUCCAUAG